AACCAUUAUUCAUCAUCAUAUCUGUGGUUCUUCAACCACGUAGCCUCCUCGGAAUUCCUGAUUCCUAGAAGAAGACAGCCACAAGAUCGAUUUCCGGAGAUGUCACGCUGCUGUGGUGCCGGCGGCGACGAUAGCACUGGAGGAGCCUCCGGCGUCGGUGUCGGCGGCGGAGAGAUCAUGCUGUUCGGCGUCCGAGUCAAGGUGGACCCCAUGCGGAAGACCGUGAGCAUGAACAAUCUGUCGCAGUACGAACAGCCUCUUGAGUCCUCCAACGGCGACGACGUUGCAGCCGCCGGAGGUUACGCCUCCGCCGACGACUCAGUUCACCACCGCUCCGCAGCUAGUCGCGAGCGCAAGCGAGGAGUUCCUUGGACUGAGCAGGAGCACAAAUUGUUCCUCUUAGGACUGCAAAAGGUAGGCAAAGGAGACUGGCGAGGAAUUUCAAGGAAUUUCGUGAAGACCCGCACGCCAACACAAGUUGCCAGCCAUGCUCAGAAAUACUUCCUCCGGCGGAGCAACCUCAAUCGGCGUCGCCGCCGAUCCAGCCUUUUCGAUAUCACCACUGAAUCGGUCAUUGCAAUUCCAAUGGGAGAAGAAAUAAUUCAUCAAGAACGCCAAAAUCAGCCACCUCUGCCACCAACCCUGCUCCCUUCCCCUAAAACUUCCAAUAUCAGUGGUGCUCAAGUGCUGCCUUUUCCAGUGACUGCCUGUUCUGUUUUAAUGCCGACACAGAUAGAGAACCCAAUGGGAAAACUAACCCCAGGACAAAUUGAUCAAGCCAAUUACCAGCCGGCAAAGCUCAUCCAUCCUACUCCAGUUCUUCCACCCUGCAGUGCAUCUAAAAUGGUGGAUGUUGACUUAAACCAGAAUUUGACAGUAGAGCCAUUGCCAUUGUCUCUGAAUCUGUUGGUGUCACACGAUCAGGAUCAGCUAAGCAGGCAUUCCUCAUUUCAGGUGAUGCCAAACUUUGGUAGGAAGGAAAGCAUCCUCAGUGUUGCAUGAGAAGGAUGCCACAUGAAAAUAAGAGGCGAAAAAGGGGGAAAAUUCUUAACUAGUUACAUUAUGGAAGUAUGAACAGAUCAGGCAAUUAGUUUGAUCAAGAAGAUCCUUUGUGCUGUAUAGAUGAAAACAAUGUGAUGUCUUGUUGUAACCAGUUGUCCUAAGUCCUUUGCUUUGGUCAUUUGUCUGUUCUUUUCGUUUGUAGUUCGCAGUAAAAUGAAAGCACUAGCACCCUGUAGGUCUUGGUCCUGUAUCUUCCAUGGCUUCCUUCUGGGGAAACUUUGUCGGUUUGGGGGUUUCUAGUGGACAGUCAUGGCAUUCCAUUUGUGGGGAUAAAUAAUUUUGUUGCUUGGUUGUUUUUGUGA